GCGCCGCGUAUACAUGCAGAGCACCAGCGGCAGCAGCACCAGCAGGAGGUGUUCUCUCUGUUGCUCGGUGUGGUGGUGGUGGUGGUGCUUCGUGUUCGGUUCGCGCGCGCCGACAGACGACACAUCUCCACGGCCGACGGACAGCGACGGACGUGGGCCCCGCCGGCGCGAAAUGGGCCGUGUUCUCUUGUAGCGAGACCGCUGCCGCUGCCGCCGCCGCCGCCGAGUAGACGCCGCCGACAACCGGUUACUGCAGAGAAUGGCUAGUUUCAAGGAGUUGCCGUCAUUCUUGAUGGUAUUUUUGUUUGUGCACUUAGCUCAAUAUUGCUGCAAUCGAAUUGACGAUGAUAACUGCAAAUAUAAUAAACACAAUAAUUGCGUUCCAAAAGUCAACUUUAGACACAAAGAAAAAGAAGUUCUUGAUCAAAUUUUAGGUCCAGGAAGCUACGAUGCUAGGAUCCGUCCUUCAGGAGUUAAUGGCACAGGCGACUCUCCCUGCAUUGUGUUUGUCAACAUGUUGGUACGGUCCAUCAGCAGAAUUGAUGAUUACAAAAUGGAGUACAGUGUGCAACUGACGUUCCGCGAACAAUGGAUGGACGAGAGGCUAAAAUUUAACGAUUACAACGGUAAGAUGAAAUACUUAACUUUAACUGAAGCCAGCAGAGUGUGGAUGCCAGACUUGUUCUUUUCUAACGAAAAGGAAGGUCAUUUCCAUAAUAUAAUUAUGCCAAACGUGUAUAUCAGGAUAUUUCCCCAAGGACUAGUGUUAUACAGUAUAAGAAUAUCACUUACUUUAUCGUGUCCAAUGAAUCUCAAAUUAUAUCCACUAGAUCGACAAACGUGUUCACUCCGAAUGGUCAGCUACGGUUGGACAACUGAUGAUUUAGUAUUUUUAUGGAAAGAAGGCGAUCCAGUGCAAGUGGUAAAAAACUUACACUUACCCAGAUUCACUUUAGAAAAAUUCCUCACGGAUUAUUGCAACAGCAAAACUAACACAGGUGAGUACAGCUGCCUGAAAGUGGACCUGCUGUUCAAGCGCGAGUUCAGUUACUACCUGAUCCAGAUCUACAUACCGUGCUGCAUGUUGGUCAUCGUGUCGUGGGUGUCGUUCUGGCUGGACCAGAGCGCGGUGCCGGCGCGCGUGUCGCUGGGCGUCACCACGCUGCUGACGAUGGCCACGCAGACGUCCGGCAUCAACGCGUCCCUGCCGCCCGUGUCCUACACCAAGGCCAUCGACGUGUGGACGGGCGUGUGCCUGACGUUCGUGUUCGGCGCGCUGCUCGAGUUCGCGCUGGUCAACUACGCGUCCCGGUCGGACACGCACCGGGACGACAUGAGCAAAAAGUGCGACCUGGAGCGCACCGUGUCCAUGGACGUCGGCGACUACGAGGACGGCCCGAACUCGUUCAAUAUGGUGAGGUCGAAUAGUACGAAACCGCUGAUGCGCCCCGAGCUGAUGAUGUCCCGGGACAAGAUGAGCCAGAUCAUCCACCAGGCGCCGCCGAUGGAGAAGAACUCGUGCUGGAAGUCGUGGAUGUCCAAGUUCCCCACCAGAUCUAAGCGCAUCGACGUCAUAUCCCGCAUACUGUUCCCGAUGGUGUUCGCCAUGUUCAACAUGUCCUACUGGUCCACGUACCUGUUCCGCGAGGACACUGAGGAGGACAAGUAAUUUAUUACGCCGAGUCACCGCCACCCACCGUCACCACCGCCGCCGUCGUAUUAUUAUUAUUAUUAUUAUUAUUAUUAUUAUUAUUGUAACCCUCGACACGUCGAUCGUAAGUGACGUGCGUUCUGUGUAUUUAGAUUUCUGUUUUACAUCAAACGAUUUCCAUUACGAUCGAUUUUGUUCGUUUAUUUUAUUAUUACUAUUAUUAUUAUUAUUAUUAUUAUUAUUAUUAUUAUUAUUAUCAUUAUUAUUAUUUUUUUUAUAUUAUUAUUAUUAUUAUUAUUGUCGCCCACUAUACGUCGAUUAUAAAUGACAUGCGUUCUGUGUAUUUUAAUUUCCGUUUUGCAUCAAACGAUUAUCCAUUACGGUCGAUUUUGUUCGUCUGUUUGAUUAUUGUUUUGUUCUAUUAGUUUAUCGAGUACGCUUUUUUUUUCUUUCUUUUUUACACGAAUCUCUAUAUACGUAGUCAUUAUCUAGCCUAAAUCUUCUCUCAACUUGAAGUGCAUUUAUUCGCAUCGAUACAAUUAUUAUUAUUAAUAGUAAAAUCAACCAGAUCUCCCGAUAAUUAUAUGAUAAAUAAAAUAUUAUAAAAUGGUGUCCACUCCACAUGAUUAUGUAUCGAUUACCAUCUCAAUCGAUAUUUUGUAAUUUUUUUCUACUCUCCAUGCUCAAUUUUACCUUUAAACGAAACCAUUUGAUUCAUUUGUUACACACCUGACAGAUACAAAGAGACAGGGUCCUUAUACGAAAUCUGUCGGGGAAAUCUAUUCGCGUGUCUGACGCGCACGAAUCGAUUCCAUCCAAAUUUAAUUUAUUGGAAGAGCAAGAGUUUUCUUACAUAUAAAAAGCCAUGUUUAUACCUCAUAGAAGUCAACGUGAAACUCCAUCGGCGUUUUCCAUAACCCGUCGAAUUGAAACCUGCACUGUCCAUUUCGUCAUUCCCAUUCGAGUUAAUUAAAUUAAUUAAUUACAAACGCUCAAUUUCGUUUAUUUUUUCUUCUAUUUUUCGCGUUUUUAGCCUUGUUUACUACCAUCAAGACGAUGAAAUAUCACACCAAAUAUAAUCCGUAUGCGUGCGUAUUCCGAAUAAUAUAUGCAUAUUAUAUUUUUCAAAUCAUACUGAUAAUUCAUAUGAAGUGCACAAACCGUUUACUGUGCCAUUCGAUAUUUGUUUUUCAUUGCAUAAAAAUUCAAUUUUCGUCUAAGCACAAUUUCAAAUAUUAUAUUACGUUAUAUUAUCACAACAACCAUGUUUAGUAAUUAUAUAAAAAUUAACAUAUAACUUACUGUUGUAGAUACUAUCUAAUAAGUCCAUAUAUGGUAUUAGAUAUUAAACAUCGUUCUCGAAUGUUAAUUACUCAUAUUUUAUCAUUUAUGUGCAUACUAUAUUAUUUGUCAUCAAGACUGUAUUAUAUUCAUACGCGCAAAAGGCCACUGUGACGACAUACCGUAUGGUAAACAGGGUGAGAUGGAAAGUUCUGACCGAAAAUGCUACCGGUUCGAUGAUUUUUAAACCCGAUUAAUGCUAUAUUAAUGUCUUAUAGUCGUUAAGUUACAGAUAAUUAAUGAAUUUGACCAUUAACUUAAAAUCACACAUAUGUAUAUACUAUAUAUAUAUUUAUACGGGACUAGAAAAAAUUUAAGACACUUAAACUAACCAAAAUAUGUCAAAUAUAAUUUUUUCUUCAAUCAUAUAUUUCUAUUAUAAAAUAAAUGGUGUUUUAAAAACAUUCCAUUGUUCCUGAAUUUUCAAACAUUUUGUCAACGUUAUGAAAGAUUUUAUUGUUCUUGUAUAAAUCAAAUUAAAUAAGUUUAUCAUGAUAUUACAAAAAAAGUUUUUUUUUCACAAUUCCACUAAAAUGUUUA